CGGAGCCAAGGGGCCGCCGCUAGUGCUCCGCCCGCCCGCACGGAGAAGUUUGCCUCGGGAGCAGCGCGGCCGCCCGGGCCGCCGCGGCGGGGCAAGGGAGCAGCGCCGGGAGCCGCCGGCCGGGGCCGGGGGUCGCCUCCGUCGGGACGCGGCGGGGGGACGCCGCCCCGGCCGCGCCAUGGCAGCGCGGUCCCGGAGACCCUGGCUGAGCGUGGUGCUGGGGCUGGUGCUGGGCUUCACCGCCGCCUCCUGGCUCAUCGCCCCCAGGGUGGCCGAGAUGAGCGAGAAGAAGAGACGCGGCGCCAGCCUCUGCUCCUACUACGGGCGCUCGGCGGGGCCGGGGGCGGCCGGGGGCGCCGCGGCGGCGGGAGGGCAGCAGGCGGCUGCGGCGGUGCUGGGCGGCAUGGGCGUGAGGAGCAGCCCCUGGGCGGAGGAGGGCACGGUGUCCAGCCCCGCCGGCGGCGGGGAAGGGGAACCGGAGGAGGAGGAGGAAGGCGGCGAGAAGCGGAGCGGCCGGCCCGGUGGCAGCCACAACGGCAGCGGGGACUGGGGGGGCGCGGGGGGCUGCGCCAAGCCCCGCAACUUCCUCUACGUGGGGGUGAUGACGGCCCAGAAGUACCUGGGCAGCCGGGCGGUGGCGGCCCAGAGGACGUGGGCGCCCUCGGUGCCCGGCCGUGUGGAGUUCUUCUCCAGCCAGGGCUCCGCCGCGCCUCCCGGGCUGCCCCCGCUGCCCGUCAUCGCCCUGCCCGGCGUGGACGACUCGUACCCGCCGCAGAAGAAGUCCUUCAUGAUGAUCAAGUACAUGCACGACCACUACCUGGACAAGUACGAGUGGUUCAUGCGGGCGGACGACGACGUCUACAUCAAAGGUGAAAAAUUGGAGGAGUUUCUUCGCUCGUUGAACAGCAGUAAACCUCUGUACUUGGGACAGACUGGUCUGGGCAACAUUGAAGAACUCGGAAAACUGGGGCUUGAGCCUGGAGAGAAUUUCUGCAUGGGAGGGCCAGGAAUGAUCUUCAGCCGGGAGGUCCUCAGGAGGAUGGUGCCACACAUAGGUGAAUGCCUUAGGGAGAUGUACACCACUCACGAGGAUGUGGAGGUGGGAAGGUGUGUCCGAAGGUUUGGAGGAACACAGUGUGUUUGGUCAUAUGAGAUGCAACAAUUGUUUCAUGAAAACUAUGAACAUAAUCGGAAGGGUUACAUUCAAGAUCUUCACAACAGCAAGAUUCACACAGCCAUAACCCUUCAUCCAAACAAAAGACCAGCCUACCAAUACAGGCUGCACAAUUAUAUAUUGAGCCGCAAAAUUUCCGAACUGCGCUAUCGGACCAUCCAGCUCCAUAGGGAACGUGCCCUCAUGAGCAAGCUCAGUAACAGUGAAAUAAAUAAGGAAGAUCAGCAACUGGGAGUGUUACCAUCUUUCAAUCAUUUCCAGCCACAUGAAAGGGAUGAAGUCAUCGAGUGGGAAUUCCUAACAGGAAAAUUUCUUUACUCAAUGGUGGAGAACCAGCCACCCCGGCAGAGCCUGAGCAGUGUCCUGCGGGCUGCACUGGAUGAUGCUGUGAUGCAAGUCAUGGAAAUGAUAAAUGAGAACUCAAGAUCUAGAGGAAGGCUGAUUGAUUUCAAGGAAAUACAGUAUGGCUACCGUAGGGUGGAUCCUAUGCAUGGGGUGGAGUACAUCCUGGAUUUACUGCUUUUGUACAAAAGGCACAAAGGAAGGAAAGUUACAGUUCCAGUAAGACGUCAUGCUUACCUUCAGCAAUUGUUUAGCAAACCUUUCUUCAGAGAAGCAGAAGAACUGGAUGUAAGAAGCCUGCUGGAGGAUACCAACACUAACACACAAUCUUUUUCUUUUCUUUCAAAUUCUUUAAAGAUUUUUUCCUCAUCAUUCCAGGGCACCAAAGACAUUGGGGGACACAGUGACAAGAAAAUACAUAUUCUUGUCCCUCUUAUAGGAAGAUUUGACAUUUUCUCGAGAUUUAUGGAUAACUUUGAGAAGACUUGCUUGAUUCCCAGGCAGAAUGUAAAGCUGGCAAUAAUUCUCUUCAGUUCUGAGUCAGGCCAAGACUCCAGCAAACACAUAGAACUGUUGAAAGAAUAUAGCAUUAAGUAUCCUACAGCAGAUAUGACUCUGAUUCCUAUGGCAGGAAAGUUUUCCAGAGGUUUAGGUCUUGAAAUGGCCUCAUCUCAAUUUGACAAUGGCACCUUGCUUCUGUUCUGUGACGUUGAUCUGAUAUUCACACCAGACUUCCUCCAGCGAUGCAGAGAGAACACUAUUCAGGGAGAACAGGUUUACUACCCUAUCAUCUUCAGCCAAUAUGAUCCGAAAGUAGUAUAUGGAGGCAAUCCUCCAGCUGACAGUAGUUUUGUUUUCACAAAAAGAACUGGAUUUUGGAGGGAAUAUGGAUUUGGAAUAACCUGUAUUUACAAAAGUGAUCUACUUACUGCUGGUGGCUUUGAUACCUCAAUUCAAGGCUGGGGACUUGAGGAUGUAGACCUCUAUACUAAAGUGAUAACAUCUGGCUUGAAGGCUUUUAGAAGUCAAGAAGUAGGAGUUGUUCAUAUUUUUCACCCAGUUCAGUGUGACCCCAAUUUAGAUCCAAAACAAUAUAAAAUGUGCUUAGGGUCCAAAGCAAGUACUUUUGCUUCUACCAUGCAGCUUGCUGAACUCUGGCUAGAGAAACAUUUGGGUGUCAGGUACAAUCGAACUCUCUCCUGACAUCUCAACCCAUUUGGCCUUUUAA